AUGCGCGUGCUCUUCCUCUUGCUCGCCACGCGCUCGGGAGCCGGAGUGGCGGGGUCGGAGCUGCUGCAACGGCGCGAGUGGCCGCGAGAGGUGGUGCUGGGGCUCUCCAGAGAACGAGGCCACGGCGCGGCGCUCGCGGCGGCGCACGGGGCAGCUUUGAGCAGUGCAGCGCCUCAACAGCAGCUUCAAGCAGUGCAGCACAACGCCAGCUACCUCUCCAGAGCUGCGCGGCGGCUGGCGGGCCUGUGGGAAAGUGCCGUGCCGCGUGCUCGGAACGCGCACUCGGCUCGCUUGCCGGUGGCCGAGUCAGUCUGGAUGGCGAGAAGCGCCAAGGCCUUCCCUGCAUUCUGGGCGCUGCCCAGCAGUGCACAGUACUCUCGCUGCGCCGACGGGCGGCCUCGAUGCGGAUUGCCGCGAGUGGCGUGGUGGCCUCCAGUGGUGCGGUCGUUGGUCCAGUGGUAUGCGAGGCAUGCAAGGAGGAGCUCGGAGGCGACGAUACCGGCCCAGUCGGCGCCUUCGGUGGGGGUGGCACACCUCCCUCUGGGGGACGCGCUGGACGCAGACGCCUCGAUGGAGCAGCGGAGGGAGCAGCAGGUGGUCCGCAUGCUCCUGGCGAAGGAGGGGAGAAUGCCGAUCACAGAUCUGAUCCACGCGCACCGAGCUGCUUUCGGCCUGCACCGCCCCGUGUCGGUGAAGGUGGACUUCAAGGCGAAGUCGCUGCGCACGCUACUCGUAGCGCUGCCUGGGCUGGCGCUACCCCAGGCCCCACGCGGGGACGUGCAGAUGCGGGGGAGCGCAAAAGCGCAGUCGGCGCAGCAGGCCGCGGAAGGGGAAGGGGGCUAG